CAAUCAUUUUGUGUAUAAAUACUUAAUGAAGGAAGUCGUAUGUAUUACAGUACAGGAUUAAAUUCAGUGACACAACGUUUCGGAGCCCAACAGCUAAGAUGAAGAGUGUUUUGUUGAUAGCAUUGCUAGCAGUUACCUAUGUGUAUGCAGCUGUAGAUCUUUCUGGAGCUGAGUUUAAAAGACCAGAAUUAAAUGCGUCAAAGCUUCGCUUGAUCUUAGGAUCAAAGAGUGGCGGUGAUGAGAGGCUUUUGUCCAGAACAUAUCACUAUGUGGAGGGAUCACAUAGGAUCGCUCACAGACAAGAAAUACUUAUACGUUUGGUCGACUACGCCAGAAUAACAAGAGUUGAGGGCUGGCCCGGUAAUCCAGAUCUAGAACUGACCGUCUUAGAAGGAGGUCUUGGACAAAAUUUCGUCAAACUAGGUUAUAACACUGAAGAAAAUACGUUUUUCUCUUACACAGUUGAUGUGUACGGUGUGCUGGUAUGCGACGAUUAAGUAAUAUAACUCUAUCUAAUAAAAACAUUUUUGUUAAAAUACUAUUUGUAUUAUUUUGGUCA